CAAAGAGACAAGUACGUCAUAUCUAAGAAUUGAUGUUAGCUUCACUUCACGCAUAAGUAUUGUUAGUGAAUGAAUCAACCAACACAUAGAAAUUAAACACAUGCAAUUUACAUGCCAUUAAAUAUUUGAUACGCAGCAACAAAACUAAGGACAGGAAGUGUCCAUAAAAAACACGAAGAUAUGAAAUCGGCCGUCAGUAGUAGUUGCAUGCCCUGGCUAAUAUUCUAACACAACUGACUGUACCCGCUCCCCCUUCGUUGACUUGAUGAUUCCAGAAUCAAUAGAGGUCUUCAUUGGACCAAGAAAAUUAAUGAUUUUCGAUCUAUGUGCUACCGUCAUAGCCGCUUCAUGGAUUUCAGGCAUUUUUGCAGUAGAAUGGGGCCAACCUCAUGUGAAGUACUCAACAACAGAUGGAUAUUUCCCGAUACCGGAAGCUGUGUCUGAGAUAUCUUGCAUGAGUAACACUCCAGAAUACAUCUUCAUGUGCCAUGAUGAUGUCCUUAACGUAGACUUAUACUCCUACCCUGACGAUCCAAGGGUCAUCCUUCUGUUCGACAAGUGUGACAACAUAAGUGGUAUUCGUUAUUGUGUAAUUAAAUCUGAUGUUGCUAGAAGAGCAGAAUAUUACGGCUUAGCUUUCAACUACAGUUACGACGACAAAGGGGCAUAUCAGAACCACACUUACUGGGGAAUAGAUGUCUGGUGCACCGAUGUCCUGUUCGCCUCUCCAGGAACUUUGAGUGAAGGCUGUCGGUGUAUCGAAGAGGGAACGGUACCACAAGACAUUUAUGUGGUUUUGGAAAAUUAUGAAUACACGAAAAUAACAAGAUAUGAGAGUGAAGUUGAAAAUCAAGGAUUCACCAAGCAGGGUUGCUACCCAGGAAUGGGACAGCACUAUUUCUACAAAAUGUACAUAGACGGCUCAUGUGAUGACCAUGUCGGAAUAGCGGUAAUCUAUGACCAAGGUUAUCUGAUUGGUGUAGUCCAUGGACCAUUUGGUACUUUCACUUCCAAAAAAAGGGUGUGGUUCGAGGAUCCGACCCCAGAGGGCAUGAAGGCAGUUGCACCUUAUGCUCCUCAGUGCUUUUACCAGUUAGGUAGAUAUUAUGGAUUUGUCUCAUUUCAUAUCUUCAUUAAUAAGAAUCCCUGGGAAACAACCUGCCCCGUUUAGCCUCAUCAAAAUGAUAAGUACUGUAUUACUGAUUAUAUUUGUGUCUUGAUGAAAUAAAUUAUGUUUGACUCA